CUUCAUUUAAUUCGAAAAAACUACAGGGAUGCAUUGACUAUUUGGGAGCCAUUAAGCCCACUUCACUUCUGAAGUGUAGCCACCGGGUCAACACUCCCGAUCUGAGAUCCCCGAAAAUAGAGAUUCAUCCUCAACAUGGGUGAAUUGGAUAUUCCUGCUUCCAGUUUAUGGCUAGCUCCUAACCCCAGCAAGAGGUGGGGUGAGCUCUUCUUCCUCUGCUACACACCCUUUUGGCUCACUCUUUGUUUGGGAAUUGUUGUUCCUUACAAACUCUACGAGAGUUUCACAGAGUUGGAAUAUUUGCUUUUGGGUUUGGUUUCAGCGCUUCCUUCUUUUUUGAUACCGAUAUUUCUUGUUGGAAAGGCUGAUAGCAGCUUGGGUUGGAGGGAUUGCUAUUGGGUCAAGGCAAAUGUUUGGAUUAUACUUUUUAGUUAUGUUGGCAAUUACUUCUGGACCCACUAUUUCUUCACAGUUUUGGGAGCUUCAUAUACAUUUCCAUCAUGGAAGAUGAAUAAUGUACCACACACGACUUUCCUUCUCACCCAUGUCUGCUUUUUAUUUUACCAUGUUGCAUCAAACUUAACACUUCGUAGAAUACGACAUUCUGUUGCUGACUUGCCUGAUAAAAUUCGGUGGACUGUUGAGGCUGGAUGGAUUUUGGCUCUUGCUUAUUUCAUCGCAUACCUAGAGACUCUGGCCAUUUCUAAUUUCCCUUAUUACGAGUUUGUGGACCGUGCAUCCAUGUACAAAGUUGGGUCUUUGUUUUAUGCCAUCUACUUCAUUGUGAGCUUCCCAAUGUUUCUAAGAAUUGAUGAGAAGCCGGGUGAUCUUUGGGACUUACCCCGAGUAGCUGUUGAUGCUCUGGGUGCUGCAAUGCUGGUGACCAUAAUACUUGAUUUGUGGCGAAUCUUUCUUGGACCUAUUGUUCCAUUGCCAGAUACAAAGCAAUGUCUUCAACCCGGGCUUCCAUGGUUUCCAGAACACACCAAUCAAACUUAAAAGCACUUAUGUGAAGAUUGGAAGUUCUCACUCUCUGAUGAACCCUCUUGAUGAUUGCUUGUACUUAUGAGAUUUUGUUUUAACAUUUCUGGAUAUUGAUCAGUAGUGUAAUCUUCUUGAUUGUUGUAGUGCAUCGGUCUGAUUAAGUUAAUUCA